UGAAGCGGAGGGAUGCGUACUGUGGAUAGCUCCUCCGUUCCAUCAGUUGAGAAAUGCGCCUCAGUCUCAUUAUGCUGAACGGGAUCAUCUAAAGUGUAACAUUUCACUCACUGAUAGUCGACGAUCAACCAGAAAAUGCUGCCAAACAACUCCUUUAAGCAUCUGGGCUUUGAGGACGGAUUUUAUCUUUUGAAUUCGUCUGGAAACGAAACACACAGCGACUCUCAUGGCAGCGCAAUCCUCAUCUCCUUCAUUUACACCGUAGUAUGUUUGGUCGGGCUGUGUGGAAACUCCAUGGUAAUUUAUGUGAUUUUCAGGUAUGCAAAAAUGAAGACGGCGACUAACAUUUAUAUUUUGAAUUUGGCAAUCGCGGAUGAGUUACUAAUGCUGAGUGUGCCCUUUUUGGUGACUUCGUCGCUUCUUCAUCACUGGCCAUUUGGCUCGCUUUUGUGCCGCCUUGUCCUAAGUGUUGAUGCUAUAAAUAUGUUUACUAGUAUCUAUUGCCUUACUGUGCUCAGCAUAGACCGUUACAUUGCAGUCGUGCAUCCCAUCAAAGCUGCCAGAUACCGAAGACCCACGAUCGCAAAGAUGGUAAACUUGGGCGUAUGGAUCUUCUCUAUUUUAGUCAUUUUGCCCAUUAUAAUAUUUUCCACUACAGCGCCGAAUUCGGACGGCUCUGUCGCCUGUAAUAUGCAGAUGCCGGAGCCGGAGCGCCAGUGGAUGGCCGUGUUUGUAAUCUAUGCCUUUCUGAUGGGGUUUCUAUUCCCCGUCAUCGCGAUCUGCAUGUGCUACAUUCUCAUUAUCGUGAAGUUGAGAGUUGUUGCCUUGAAGGCAGGCUGGCAACAGCGCAAGAAGUCCGAGAGAAAAAUCACCCUGAUGGUGAUGAUGGUGGUGACCGUGUUUGUGAUCUGUUGGAUGCCUUUUCACAUUGUUCAGCUCGUAAAUGUUUUCGUGGAGCAACACAACGCAACUAUCAGCCAACUUGCAGUCAUUUUAGGAUACGCGAACAGUUGUGCGAAUCCCAUACUUUACGGGUUUCUUUCGGACAAUUUCAAACGUUCGUUCCAAAGGAUUCUGUGCCUCCGCUGGAUGGAAAAUGCGACAGAGGAACCAAUUGAUUACUAUGCUACAGCUCUGAAAAGUCGCGCAUACAGUGUGGAUGAAUUUCAACCGGAUAAUAUGGAGUCGGACAGCACGUAUAGGAAUGGCACUUGCACAUCGAGGACCACAACGCUAUAGCACAGGUCUAUUAGCCUAUAUGAUGUUCAGAACAAAUCCGUCAAUGUGACCAUCACGUGUUUUUUUCAUUUUUACAUUUAUUAUUAUUGCUAUUGCAGUAUUCGCUUGUUCCACCCCUGCUAUUGACUGUUUAUAUUGUCGUAAUUAAAUUUUGCUUUCUUCAAAUCCCGUGUUCAUUUUUCAGUAUAAAAUUGGGUAUUGUCUCGCCUAUUCACUUUUAAAUUAAUCGUCGUAGGGUAACUUGAAGGCUAAUCUUUGUGCAAUUAAUGUUUUAAGUAAUCGGGGUUUAUUUCCAAACAUUUAAAGCAAGAAGGAAUGUAGCCUAUUUUAUUGUUUAAAAUCAACAUGAUUUUUCAUAUGAACAUAUUCAUAUGAUUUUAUCAAUAUGUAGCCGAAUAGUGAAUGGUGUCAGAAAAUCUGGAGCAACUUUCCAGGUGGAGGUGAGCUCUUGUCUUUUAUCAUGUUGUAAUAUUGGUCUUACAGAUCAGUGUCGGCCAAUGGUAACAACUUUAGCACAACUGUUAACGGUGAAACGGCCAAUUAAAUUUGCUCUCAGAAUGACGAA